GGUCCUCAAAACCUAGAAUCAUCUCCCCCAAAGUCGGUAGAUUUCCAGCGAAUUCAAACCCGACCCAUCGAGAUUCUGGAUCAACCCGAUUACCCAAGAUCCAAUCUUUCUAUUUGAUGAAUCAAUCGAUCCCUUUUACCGUCUCUUCUUCUCCGGCGACGGAAACGAUGGACGUUUCGCCGCUUCUUGGCCGGAACAGACGUAACCGCACACGGUCCUCUCAGCCGCUUCGUGGCGCGGCUUCGAGACUUCUCCGCCGUGCUAGCAACCGCCGGAUGAUGCUCCGUGAGCCCUCCGUUCGAGUCCGUGAGGUGGCGGCUGAGCAGCUUGAGGAACGUCAGAGUCAAUGGGCUUACUCGAAACCCAUUAUUGUUCUCGAUAUACUUUGGAAUUUCGUCUUUGUGAUUGUUUCAAUCGCGAUUCUAGGGUUUAGUUCUGAAGAAGAUCCUGAUGUUCCUCUUAGGUUGUGGAUAAUUGGGUAUAAUUUUCAGUGUUUGUUUCAUGUUGGUUGUGUAAUUGCUGAGUAUAAACGUCGCCGUGAAGCUAAUUCUCCUCCUAGUGGUGAAGAUUCCUCCAAUCACGAAUCUCUUAGCGGAAGUGAAGACGAAUCUGAUGGCUAUAGCAUUAACGAUGCUGAUGAUGACCAUGGAACUAGUUUCACCAAGCACCUUGAAUCUGCGAAUACGAUGUUCUCUUUUGUCUGGUGGAUUAUCGGGUUUUACUGGGUCACGGCUGAUCCCGAGGCACUAGCUCAAUCUUCGCCUCAGCUCUACUGGCUCUGUGUUGCAUUCCUUGCGUUUGAUGUUAUGUUUGUUGUCAUUUGCGUUGCGGUUGCUAGUCUAAUUGGUAUUGCUGUUUGUUGCUGUUUACCUUGCAUCAUCGCAAUCUUGUACGCAUUAGCAGAUCAGGAAGGUGCACCUGAUGAAGAGAUAGAAAGGCUUUUAAAAUUCAAGUUCCUCGUAGUAAAGAAUUCCGAGAAAGUGAAUGGUGAAAUCCGGGAAACUCAAGGAGGGAUAAUGACUGGAUUAGGUGCCGAGUCUCAAAACGAACGUGUGUUAUCAAGCGAAGAUGCUGAAUGCAGCAUUUGUCUAUGUGCUUAUGAAGAUGGAGUAGAACUAAGAGAACUUCCUUGUAGACAUCAUUUUCACAGUUUAUGUGUAGACAAAUGGCUAAGGAUCAACGCCACUUGCCCUCUCUGCAAAUUCAAUAUCCUCAAAAAUGGUGAACCUAGUGGCAGUGAACAAGUGUGAGGAGAAGAAAGAUUUUGCUGUUCA